AUGGGCUUACUGAGCAUCUUGAAAAAGAAUCGUCAACAUGAGAAAGAGAUGCGUAUUCUGAUGCUUGGUCUAGAUAAUGCUGGCAAGACAACCAUCCUCAAGCGUAUUAAUGGUGAACCUAUUGAUACUAUUUCACCUACGCUUGGGUUUAAUAUCAAGACAUUAGAACAUGAAAAUUAUAAACUGAAUAUAUGGGAUGUAGGGGGUCAGAAAUCCAUUCGAUCCUAUUGGCGUAACUAUUUUGAGCAGACAGAUGCAUUGGUCUGGGUGGUUGAUUCAGCAGAUCGUCUACGUUUAUCAGACUGUAAGCGAGAACUCAGUGGACUCUUACAAGAAGAGAGACUGGCAGGCGCUACGUUACUGGUGUUUGCCAAUAAACAAGACAUUGCAGGUGCAUUAACCGAACAAGAGAUACGAAUGGCUUUAGGUUUAGAUGAUAUCAAGAGUCAUCACUGGGCUAUAUUUGCAUGCAGUGCAGUCACAGGGGAUAGUCUAUUGAAGGGUAUGGAUUGGGUAGUGCAGGAUGUGGCCUCAAGGAUUUACAUGUUGGAAUAA